AUCAUUCUGGCUGUCUCCGCUCAGCUGCGCUUUACGGCAAGAUGGCGGCUAACGCGGGGCCGGGCACUGUGUUGUUUACGGGCCAGCUCUGUGCGCCGUAACCUGUUUCCCGUGUCCCGGCGCAGAGGCGCCAUGGACCGUAGGAAGAAGCCACUGGAGGUCACGGUCGCCUCGUUGGUAGAUUUAAAGGCUGAACUCUUCCGAAAGCAAGAAGAAUUCAAGAAGGAAAAACUUCUGAAAGAUGCUGGACUCUCUGUAAAACCCCAAACAACAAACAAGAAACCAAACAUUUGGAAUAAGCAGAACACAGGGGUUUCAAGUCGAGCUGAGAAAGAUGUUGAGCAGAAGAUAGAAGAAGAUCAAACGUUAGAGAAAGCGAGGCAGAAACUGGAAGAGAAAGCAAAGCUGUAUGAGAAGAUGACAAAAGGAGACUUUCCAGAUGAAGAAACUGAGGAUUUGUACCUUGUGGAUUUCACUCAGAAGAUCAUAGACAAACGGAGAGAAAUACAAGAUCUGCGUGAGAGUGAAGCUGCUAGAAAGGCAUCAGAACAGGAGAAAGAUGAAGAGAAGUCACUACCUGAAAUAGAAAUACCACCCCCACAGGACCCAAAUGAAGAAUGGGUUGAUUAUGUGGAUUCCUUAGGCCGAUCUAGACGCUGUAUGAAGAAGGAUUUGCCAAAUCUUCUUAAAAUGGAUAAAGAACUUCAGGGGAAAAGACACGGCAUUGAGGAGAAGACUCUAUUGUCUGAAGAUAUGAGACGAGAACUUCAGCGGCAGCAAUGGGAAAGAGAGGAAGAAGAGGCCCUAAAGAAACCUGUGGGACCCAUACAUUAUGAGGACAUUAGAGAAAAUGAGGCCAGACAACUUGGUGUUGGCUACUUUGCCUUUGCUCGUGAUAGAGCACAGAGAAAUAAGCAAAUGGAGACUUUGGAAAUGCUAAGAGAGCAGACCACAGAUCAAAGGACUAAACGUGAACAUUUAAAGGAAAAACGAAAGGCAGUUCUGAAAACAAGACUUUCUAAACUUAAAGCAAGAAAGAUAAAGAGACUAAGAGAAGAUGGACUAGAGGAAGAAGCAAACAAACUGGAAAAUGAAGGAGAAGAGGAAGAAGUUAUUGGGCCACUACCAGCUGAACCAGAAGCCCCUGUGGCCCCAAGAGUUGCAGAAAGUAGAAAAGUGGAGGUCAUCAUUCAGGAGAGAAAAGAUACAAAGGCUGGUGUGCCCUAUGUUCGAGAGUGGGAUAAAGGGAAAGAAUUUACUUUUGGACAAUGGUCAAAGAAAUGUGCAGAUGAACGAGAUCCGGAAUUUGCACCACCUUCCAAUUACUUUGUUUGUCAAAAGAGAGCCAAUAACCACCAAAGCCAGAGUUGGAACAAGCUUGGAUCCUCUCAUGAGAAACUGGGGCAGGAGUCAACACAGAACAAGCAGUUUCCAUCGAUGCAGAAUAACUGCAACAGUUCGGAGGAUCAGCAACCAGUUUACCAAAGUCUAGAUGACAUGUUGUCUUACUACAAACAAAUGACUUGAGCUUAUCAAAAGCACAAGCAAGAAUCUUAACUUAAAUAAGUAAAAUAGAAUUAUGUUCUUAGCAUUCACCUAUUUUUCCCAUAUUUUGGGGAAAUAAGGUUCCUGUAAGUAGAUAUCUUAUUAAUGAAAGAAGUCUGUCAUGUGAAGUAAUGCUGUCUGAACUGUAUCACACAACAGCCACACAUUUGCUUCAUCAGUGCUGUAUUGUAUUAAAAGGAUAAGUUUCUGAUGGUGGUA